AGAAGUAUCAUGGCGUGGAGUGUCCUGUGUUUGUGUUGUUGCCUUUCCUUGGCAUUAAUUUACACCAGUGUCCAAGGACAUCCAAAACAACAUUCUGACUCUGAUGACCAUGAAAGCCACAUAAAAGCACUGAACGAGGCGAACAAUGAGUUUGCUUUCCGCCUGUACAAAAGCAUUGCGUCUGGUGCUCAGUCCCAGAAUGUGUUCUUCUCGCCACUGAGUGUGUCCACCGCAUUGGCUGCGCUGUCUUUAGGAGCAGGCGGUGAGACUCAUCAACAGCUUCUCAGUGGCCUCGGAUUCGACACUUCUGCCUUCACCAGUGAGCAGAUUCAUCAAGCCUUCCUCAAUCUCCUCCUAAACUUCAAUCAGAGGACAGGGAUAGAUCUGAACAUUGGAACUGCUGUCUAUGUCAAUGAUACCUUUAAACCUCAUCCAGAAUUUCUGGAGAACCUUAAGCGGUUCUAUCUUUCCGAUGGCUUCUCUGUUGAUUUCACAAAUACCACAGAGACCACAAAUGAAAUCAACAAAUACGUAAGUGAAAAGACGCAUGGCAAAAUCAGCAAUUUUAUUGAAAACCUGGAUCCAGAGACCAUCAUGUAUCUGCUCAGCUAUGUAUAUUUUAAAGGUAAGCUCAUUUAG